CUUCCUUCCUUCAACUUCCACCGUAACACUAACACAACAGUCAUCCUCCUCCUCCUCCUCCUCCUCCUCCGGUGACCGGUCACCGCCAGGCAGCAAUGGAAAGGAAUUCAUCUUCCGACGAAGCAGACGAGUUCAUCCAUCGGAAGGAGAGGAAUGCGCCUACGUCUCCCUCUUCCUUCCACUUCCGACCCCUCACUUCGCGAAUCACUUCCAACUUCAACUUCCCUUUUCAGAAGAGAUACCUCUUCGCCAUUCUCCCUCUCUUCGCAAUUCUCCUCUACUACGUCAUCCCCGAUUCCCACUCGCUCUUCUCCCUCUCCUCCGUCAACCUCAAUCUCCGCCACCAUCAACCCGAGGAAUCUCAAUUGCGCGCCCUUUACCUCUUGCGCCAACAGCAAUUAGGGCUUCUCCACGCUCUCAAUUCCACUUCCCAAACUCCCACUCUCAAAUCCCUUCUAUCCAACCAGAUUUUCCUCAACUCACAGAUUCAGCAGCUUCUUCUCAGUCCCUACACCCCUGCCACCUCUCUCUAUUUUCGGAACGCCUCUUGUGGAACAGUGGAUGAGAACCUGCGAGAAAGGAGGACCAUCGAGUGGAGGCCCAAGGCUAAUAAAUUUUUGGUUGCAGUGUGCGUCUCGGGGCAGAUGUCUAACCAUCUGAUGUGCUUGCAGAAGCACAUGUUCUUCGCGGCUCUCCUUAACCGGAUCCUGGUUAUUCCCAGCUCCAAGGUGGAUUAUGAGUAUGAGAGAGUAUUGGAUGUGGAGCAUAUGAAUAAAUGCAUUGGAGGUAAAGUCAAAGCAGUGAUCUCCUUCCAAGAGUUUUCUAGCAUGAGGAAGAAUGGCAAGCACGCGGGUAAAUUCAUGUGUUAUUUUUCCCUGCCUCGACCCUGUUGUCUGGACGAGGAGCAUUUGAGGAAGUUGAAAUCGUUGGGGCUUUUGUCUACGAAUAGGCCUGCGACUGUGUGGGAUGAAGAUGCGAGGAAGCCCAGAACGAGGAGCGUGGAAGAGGUUGUGUCAAGGUUUUCACGGGAGGAAAAGGAGGAUGUUUUAGCCAUUGGGGAUGUAUUGUAUGGAGAUGUGGAGGAGGAAUGGGUGACGCAAGCAGGUGGCCCCUUGGCUCAUCGGUGCAAGACUCUGAUUCAACCCAACCGUCUCAUUUUCCUCACCGCUCAACGUUUUAUCCAAACCUUCCUCGGCAGGAACUUCCUUGCAUUGCAUUUCCGAAGACACGAUUUCUUGAACUUCUGUAAUGGUAAAAAACCAAGUUGCUUUUAUCCUAUUCCUCAAGCAGCAGAUUGUAUCUUGCGUAUGGUUGAAAGAGCCAAUGCACCCCUCAUUUACCUCUCUACAGACGCCGCAGAGAGUGAAAUUCGGCUGCUUCAGUCACUGCUUGUGAGAGAAGGCAGGCACGUUCCACUUGUCAAACGCCCACCUCGGAAUUCGGCAGAAAAAUGGGACUCUUUGUUGUACAGGCAUCACAUUGAAGGAGACCCUCAGGUGGAAGCUAUGUUGGACAAAACUAUAUGUGCCAUGUCCAGUGUGUUCAUUGGAGCAUCGGGUUCAACUUUCACCCAAGACAUUCGACGGCUAAGAAAGGACUGGGGAUCCGCAUCAUUGUGCGAUGAGUACCUUUGCCACGGUGAGGAGCCAAAUGUUGUAGCGGAGAUGGAAUGAGAACCACAAACAACUCUGAUCUCACUUUCGGGGACACCUCGUCUUUGUCCUGCAAACAUUUGACUUAGAGUAGGAUUUUGUCAAUAUGUGUUGUCAUGUAUGAUAGUAGAGUUAGCCAUUUCACUUGUAACUUUUACUGGUUUAUAUAUAUAUUCUACCACAAUAAAUAUAGUGUAUGAUUAA